CCCCCACAAAACCCCUAUCUUCAUUUAUCGCCUAUCACCUCUCCACCUUAAAACCAAACCCAAACAAUCCACACUCAGAUAACACACAACACCACCAAACCCAACAAUGGCUUCCUCAUCUGCUUCGGCAGCUCUUCUUUCUUCUCCAAACCCUAGGCACUCCUCUUCCAUUUCCCCCAAAUCUAAGCUCUCUCAAACCCUCUCAUUCUCCAGCUCUGCAUCCUUCAGUUUCCAAUCUAAAUCCCUCCGCUCCUCCCUCUCCCUCCGCCCCUCCACCUCCCGCCGGAACGGAUUCGUCGUCAAAGCUGGACUCCCACUAGUCGGAAAUGUUGCACCAGAUUUUGAAGCCGAAGCUGUUUUUGAUCAAGAAUUCAUCAACGUUAAGCUCUCUGACUACAUUGGCAAGAAAUACGUCAUUCUCUUUUUCUACCCUCUUGAUUUCACUUUCGUUUGUCCAACAGAAAUCACUGCAUUCAGUGAUAGACAUGCAGAAUUUGACAAGAUAAACACUGAAAUAUUGGGUGUUUCAGUAGACAGUGUGUUCUCUCAUCUUGCAUGGGUUCAAACAGAUAGAAAAUCUGGUGGACUUGGUGAUUUGAAUUAUCCUUUGGUUUCUGAUGUGACAAAAUCGAUUUCAAAAGCUUUUAAUGUGUUGAUUGAAGAUCAGGGAAUUGCAUUGAGAGGACUUUUCAUUAUUGACAAAGAAGGUGUCAUUCAACACUCGACUAUUAACAAUCUUGCAAUUGGUCGUAGCGUUGAUGAAACUUUGCGAACACUUCAGGCAUUGCAAUUUGUACAAGAGAACCCGGAUGAGGUAUGCCCGGCGGGAUGGAAGCCAGGGGAGAAGUCGAUGAAGCCGGACCCGAAGCUAAGCAAGGAAUAUUUUGCAGCGGUUUAGAAAAAUAAUUAGAAAAUGGUUUUUGUUUUUAUAUUAUGAAAAAUUGAAUUUUGGGAGAAUUUUCAUUUCCAUUGAGCAAGAAAAUUCAAAACUAUUGUGUUUUAAUUUUAUUAGUUAUUACAUACGUAAGUUGGAAUGUGUACUUUCAGCCCU